AGGAGCUGAUGUUGAGGUUAACGGAUGAUAUGAGGGACUAAAAGUUGUAGACAGACUUCGACCAUAUAGUAUAGUCUCUAUGUUCCGAACCGCUAACAUCAUCAGUCUCUAUGUUCAUGAUGAUCUCACAACUUGAGGUUCUCAUAUGAUUUGAAAUAUGGGACACCUUCUUUAUUUGUGAAAGUCCGUGUCAUUGAGGAUUUUCUUUGAGAAGUGGAGACUCGACGCCACGUAUUGACGUUGUUGUGGGCUGGUCGUGCUACCCGAGCUGAACUGCCAGUUGUAACUAAUUAGUACGCGAAGACCCUGACUCCUCAUCUGGACCUGGAGCUGGUCAACGUGCCUUCUGGAUUGCCCAGCUUUACGUAGCUGAAUCUUCAAGUUCACGUCUGACAAUCCCACAAGAGCAAGAUGGCCACUGAUUUCGAUGACUACAGCGACGAGGACGUCGCAGAGAUUCCGAAGGAUAUCGUGCCUGCCCUCUCCAAGGCCACCUCCGUGAAGAGUUUCAUAGCAAGAGACCUGCCACGAGUGAACCCAAACCCGGAUGUGUCGACGUUUGGCCUAGAGCAUCGAGUGGUGGACGUAAGCAAAACUGGUGGCAAGUUAAUCACGAAUCCGAAGUUUUCAGCGUUGGAGAACCCCUUACAAGGGCCACUGGACCCGGCAAAAGGAGCAGUAAGCUUGGAAUCGAAGAUAAAAAACCACCAUUUAGGGUUACUAGAGAAGCAGGAGAUGGCGGAGUUCGCUUUUCAAGAUGCGAUGUUGUCACAUGGUACUGACUAUGAUAAUUACAAGUUGUCAGAAUCUCGCUGAUCCGGUUAGUACUAGACCUUUCUUCGUUGUAACAUAGUCAAACACGACCACCUCGAUCUCCUCUUCCAACCCUAAAAACCAAGCCCUAUAAUCUCCCAACCAUCGACAUGACAGACAAAUUCGGUGCCAAGGCUUCGACCGGUAGUGUAUGGGGAGAAUCCGCGUUAGGCUUACGAAAACGCAAAAAAGACCUCAACGCAGAGGGAGCAAGGAAAAGGAUACGGAAUGACGAUCCUGCAGAUACCGAAAAUUUUAGAGGGCCUUGGGCUAGCUUUGAAGGGGAAGCAGAAAGAAAGGGCUUCUGGAAAGGGCAGAUGGAGGAGAUGAAGGUAAAAAUGUUGUUAUUUUGGCUUAGUACUAGAAUCCAUCGAGGAGUGGAAAAGAUUGAGAUGGAUCAUGAUCAUGUUGUCCUUACCGUGGCGAGUCAUGAUUUGUACUAGUCGGUUUUUAGGAACCAACCACAUUGCAAACCCCCCUUCCAAACACCCACAGAGCGACCAACAGCGCAUCAAGGAAGAGGAGAACAUUCAGAAGGCCAGUGGCAAGGACGUGGUGAAAAUAGCCGAGACCAGCAGAUUCUACGGCAAGGUCGAAUACGAUUAUCAGGGCAGAAGCUGGAUGGAACCCAAGCCCCACUUGCUGGAUCAACAAGACAGGCGGAAUUUGGACCAGAUGUUGGAGGACGAGGAGAGUUGGUGCUUCCUGCCGAAGAAGGUGGUGCACACGUUUACCGGACACACCCAAGGAGUGCAGACAGUGCGGUUGUUUCCGAAAACUGGCCAUUUAUUGCUCUCUGCUGGUUUGGAUUGUAAGGUCAAGAUAUGGGACUUCUACAACCAGAGGCAGUGUUUGAGGGAUUACAUGGGGCACGACGUUGGCGUCCGCGAUGUCAAGUUCACAGACGACGGAACCAAAUUUUACUCUUGUUCCUUCGACAAGAACAUCAAUCUUUGGGAUACGGAGACAGGCAAGAUCAUCGUGACCAUGACGAACAACAAGACACCAUAUUGCCUAGCUGUACACCCGAACCCAGCAAAACAAAAUACCUUUAUCGCCGGAUGCAGCAACAAGAAAGCGGUGGAGUGGGACGCGAAUAGUGGGAAAAUCGUCCAAGAGUACGACGAACACUUAGGUUCGGUCAAUAGCGUGACGUUUUGUGAGGAGGGCAAGAAAAUCGUGACGACAUCGGAUGAUAAGAAGAUCCUCAUCUGGGAAUACGGGAUUCCAGUAGUCAUGAAGUACAUCUCCGAACCUAGCAUGCACUCGAUUCCUUCAAUCGCAGUCAGACCCUGCAAGAAGUGGCUCGUGGGACAAAGUAUGGACAACAAGUUGGUGACGUACGAAGCGACAGGGAGGUUUAAAUACCAAGCUAGUCGAAAGUUUGUGGGUCAUAUGUCAGCGGGAUUCGCGUGUGAACCUAGUUUCUCGCCAGAUGGCAACUUUGUAGCCAGUGGAGACGGAAACGGACGCUUAUUCCUGUGGGGAUGGAAGAACUGCAGACUCUUCAAAUCGUUUGACGCACAUACUGGAGCUUGCAUGGGCAGCGUCUGGCAUCCAAAGCACACGUCUAAAAUGUUGACGUGUGGCUACGAUGGUUUGAUCAAGCUGUGGGAUUAAUAGAGACUCUUUUUCUACUAUCGAAGUCUUAACGGCCACGCAACACAUAGAGACAUAACAGACAACUUUGACCUUCCCCACCUGCUUUUCGCUUACUUCAUGUUUAUUCUUUCACCCUGGUGUAAGAAUGCUUACAAGUAGUAGACAUCCCCAUAAAAAUAAG